AUGCGAACACAAGUAUAUGAGGGGUUGUGUAAAAAUUAUUUUUCUCUUGCUGCACUACAAAGAGAUAGAAUCAAACUGCUUUUUUUCGACAUACUGGUUUUUCUUUCUGUUUUUCUUCUUUUUCUUCUAUUUCUUGUGGAUAUUAUGGCUAAUAACACAACAAGUUUAGGGAGUCCAUGGCCAGAAAACUUUUGGGAGGACCUUAUCAUGUCCUUCACCGUAUCCAUGGCAAUUGGGCUGGUACUUGGAGGAUUUAUUUGGGCUGUGUUCAUUUGUCUGUCUCGAAGAAGAGCUAGUGCUCCCAUCUCACAGUGGAGUUCAAGCAGGAGAUCUAGGUCUUCUUACACCCACGGCCUCAACAGAACUGGAUUUUACCGCCACAGUGGCUGUGAACGUCGAAGCAACCUCAGCCUGGCCAGUCUCACCUUCCAGCGACAAGCUUCCCUGGAACAAGCAAAUUCCUUUCCAAGAAAAUCAAGUUUCAGAGCUUCUACUUUCCAUCCCUUUCUGCAAUGUCCACCACUUCCUGUGGAAACUGAGAGUCAGCUGGUGACUCUCCCUUCUUCCAAUAUCUCUCCCGCCAUCAGCACUUCCCACAGUCUGAGCCGUCCUGACUACUGGUCCAGUAACAGUCUUCGAGUGGGCCUUUCAACACCGCCCCCACCUGCCUAUGAGUCCAUCAUCAAGGCAUUCCCAGAUUCCUGACAAGUGGCCUUAUAAGAAAGGCAGAGGAAGAUUUGGCACAGACACAAAGAAGAGAAGGUGAUGUGAAAAUGGGACAGAAAGAGAUUUCUGGAAAUACUGAUCUUGAAUAUUGGAGUGAAGCAGCCACAAGCCAAGGAAUGCCAGACCCUGUCAGAACAUGGAAGAUGCAAGGAAUGGAUGCUCUUGUGCACAACCUUAAGGUGAGCUAAAGUUAAAACAUUAGCGCCUUCUCACAGCCUUCCUGGGCAUACACAUGGCCCUUCACAUGUGUGUGGGUUUCUAGAUUCCCCAGGAAUAUGUCAGAGCUUUUCCCUAUAGACACUUCAUUUUUUAUUUUUGUGUGUGUGGUUUUGUUUUUAUUUGUUUUUUGUUUUGUUUGCUUGUUCUUUUGUUUGUUUUUUUGUUUCUUUGUUUGUUUUUGAGACAGGGUCUCUGUCACCCAGGUUGGAGUACGGUGGCAUGAUCUCGGCGCACUGCAACCUUCACCUCCUAGGCUCAGGUGAUCCUGCCACGUCAGCCUCCGGAGAGGCUGGGAUGACAGACGCAUGCCACCAUGCCUGGCUAAUUUUUGUAUUUUUUGUAGACAUGGGGUUUUACCAUGUUGCCAGGCUGUUCUCAAACUCCUGAGCUCAAGCAAUCUUCCUGCCUUGGCCUCCCAAAAUGCUGGGAUUACAGGCAUAAGCCACCAUGCCUGGCCUUCCAUGGUUUUCUUAAACAUUUUUUGCUCAGCCUCUUUCUACUCCAACUGGUGUCUCUUUAUCAGGCAGCUACAAAAUCAAACAGUUGCUGCUGACUGUUUUUAACAAGUGCCUUAGAGGAAAAAGGGAGCUUUCCACCUAGUGAGCUCUGAAUGAAGUUAUAUAAAGACAAGCCCUGUGAAUGGGGUUUUCAAGAAGUUGCUAGUCAGGUCAAAUAGUGACUACUGCUGAGGCAUGGAGCUUUUUAAAGAAGCUCUAACCCAUUUUGACUUCUCUGAUGACUGUUAGGCUGUUGGUUUCUGUAAGCCUGCUGAUUUUCAUGGCUACCUUGGAGCUGGCAAGAAGGAAUUGGGAAUAGGCAAGUUAAAAUGUCACUAAGGUCUCUGUUCUUAACAAGAUUCAGUUGCUUUUCUUGAAUAAAUGCUCCUCGAGUUGUCACAAGUCUUUGGUUAAUUUCCAGAGUACUGAACAAGUUGCUUUUUCUUUUGCCAUUUAUUUCCACUGUUUUUAUGGCAGAGAAAAUGUUCAGAAGACCUUAUCCCAUCACUCCAGAAGUGCUUCUGCUUGUUAACAUUUUGGCAUACAGACAGUCUUGCCUCUUAAAGUCUACUGGCACAAAGAGCCAGGUCCUAAAAAUUAAAAAGAGCCCAUCAAUCCUUCACCAGAAUACUGUGGUGAUUUCUCCUGUCUCUGCUUUUCUUAUGCUGUGAAAUGAAAUGUGGGAUUCAAGACUAUCCUUUAGAGGUAGGUGAUUGCUUUUAAGAGCAUACUCUUCCUCAAUCAUAAGUAUCUUGUGAGACCAGAUUGUGGAAUUCCUACUGAUGGUUAAAAGGUUCCCACAUCAUAUCUCAGUUUUAAAACAGGAACUAUAUUAUUCUAAGGAUUUCAGUCCUCCAACUCUUCAGAAUAAAUCUCCGACUUCAUGAAACUUAUUUCUGGUUAAGCGCAAAACUUAUGGUUCAAAUUCCUCCGCAAAAGUUUCGGAAGAGAGGAGAUGCUCAUGUGUGUUAAACACUAAAGGCAACUGUGUUGCUUGGAAAAACUGCAAUGUUGGUGUUUAGACACUUCCAUUCACCUGCCUGGAAGGGAACAUAGUCAUGAGCAGUGUUCUUUCUGGGUGGAAAUAAGAGGUGGGAGCUGCGUGCAGUGACUCAUUUGUCCUUUUUCUUUCCCUAUGUGCAUGCAUGCUUUUCCACAGAUUAUAACUCAUGGAAAUUCUCAUUGGAAAAGACACUUCAGUAACAUUUCCCACAUGCUUUGACAUUUUUUUUUUUAGGAAAAUGUUUCAUUCUAUUAGGUUAAUUCCACCCCAAGGUAUUUGCAUAAGUGGCGUGGGUCUGGCCUUUGACGUUAUCUUCCUGAAUGAUCUCUGAUUGCUCACUCAGGCGUAUUGUAGACUCUUGGUCUCAUUGAAUCUUGUGCUAUCUUUACCAAAUCAAAUCUGUAAAGUUCACUGGCAAUUUAAUGUAUUGUUCUUGAGUCAUCUUGACAUUUUGACUUCUUAAGUGUAAACUGAAAAAUGCAUUUACUGGAAAUUUGGAAAUUUGUUUUUUAAAAUAAAACAACAUAUGCCAGAUCCCUAAUCUACAGAUGAUUUAUAAAAUCAGGCAAUGCUUAUGAGGUAAUGCUGCUGAAAGAAGGUUUCUAAAAAGGAAAUUUAUCUCCAAUGUUUCUAAAGCACAUAAAAGAACAAGACUGUUUUUAACAGGGGAAUAAAACAUACAAAGAAGGGUGUAAAUUAUUAGGAUAUCAUCCAGUUUUUUUGUAAGGCAGGUAGAGAGGAGGCUCAAAUGCUAAAAGGGU